CCGAACACCCGUAGUGACGUCACCUUAUGGAAAUUUGUCAGAGUGGCAAGAUGGCUGCGGAACCAAAUAAGACUGAAAUCCUGACCAUUUUCAAAAGACUGAGGGCUGUUCCUACAAAUAAGGUAUGCUUUGACUGUGCAGCAAAAAAUCCGAGCUGGGCGAGCAUCCCUUAUGGCGUGUUCUUGUGCAUCGACUGCUCUGGCAUCCACCGCUCUCUGGGAGUCCACCUCAGCUUCAUCAGAUCGACCGAGUUGGACUCGAACUGGAACUGGUUUCAGCUCAGAUGUAUGCAGGUCGGAGGAAAUGCUAAUGCGACUGCCUUCUUCCGCCAGCAUGGCUGCUCCACAAAUGAUACAAACGCCAAGUACAACAGUCGUGCAGCUCAGAUGUACAGGGAGAAGAUUCGACAGCAAGCCAAUGCUGCAUUGUCCAAAUACGGCACAGAUCUGUGGGUCGAGUCUUCUCACACAACAGGAGCUGUUCCUGAGAAGAAAGACGCAGACUUUUUUACAGAACACGCACAGGCUGUGAAUGACUGGAGUGUGACACCGACGUCAGCACUGGAGCAGAAUGGAGCCAACGUCACCCCACAGCUGACCGACACAACAGCCAGAGGCCAGGACGAAAACCAGCUAGAGGACGGACCAAGCACCGAUGGUCUGAGCACGUCACCCAAAGCCUCCAUUGACAUGAAGUCCUCUAUCAUUGGGAAGAAGAAGCCCACAACUGGCAAAAAAGGGCUGGGUGCCAAGAAGGGUCUCGGCGCGCAGAAGGUGAGCAGUAAGAGCUUCUCUGAAGUGGAGAAACAGGCGCAGGUGGCUGAGAAGCUGAGAGAGGAGCAGGUCGCUGAGGCAAAGAAGCAAGCUGAGGAGUCCAUCGUGGCCUCAAUGCGUUUGGCGUACAAGGAGCUGGAAAUCGACAGGAAGAUUGAGGCAAAGAAGCUUCAGAACCUGGAAGGCAAGAAGCGAGAGCAGGCCGAGAGGCUGGGCAUGGGCUUUGGCAACAGAAGCGCUGUGUCUCACUCAGUGAUGUCGGAGAUGCAGAUGAUCGAACAGGAGACCCCAGUCAGUGCAAAGAGCUCCUGUCGCUCAAAGCUGGACAUGUUUGAUGAACCAGGCUUCACCUCUGGACCUCCAAAGUACAAGGACAACCCGUUUACAGUGGGAGACGGCUUUGGAUCUCGGUGGGAUUCUGAUGGAGGAACAGCCUCCUUUUCCACCUCCUGGGCCCUGGAGAAAGAAGACCCCAAAGAGGAGGUUACGAUCUCUAGUAUUCAGCCAAUAGGAGAGAGACUUCCCAGCAGAAGAAAAGCUGAGGUGUCGGGGCCUGUAUCAGAAUCAAGUGAGGCCAGGCAGAAGUUCGCAAACGCCAAGGCCAUCUCCUCCGACAUGUUCUUCGGUCGAGAGAGCAGCGCUGAGUACGACGCCAAGACAAGACUGGAGAGUUUGUCUGGCAGCACCUCCAUCAGUUCAGCUGACCUGUUCGGCGACGGGAGUGACCAGAAAGGGAGGAUGUCUGGAUUUGACGGCGUUCUUCCCUCCGGUCCAGACAUUGCACAGUUCAAACAAGGAGUGAAGACCGUCGCAGGAAAGAUGGCUGUCCUCGCCAACGGCGUCAUGAAUACCAUCCAGGAUCGCUACGGCUCUUACUGAACGUCAUCACCAGAUGACCUGCGAGAAGAUCGACUGUGGCCAGACGUCGUCCCAACCGCGGUGAUCUGGAAUUCGAACGGCUUGCAGGAGAACAGAAGUAGAUCUUCUUGCCUCGCCCGUAGAGACUCUGAACAGGAGUGCGACAGUACUUUCUCCUCUCAUCCUCAUUAGCAAACAGUUUUAUUUUCUUAAACCAUGGAGGGGGCGGUGUUUUCUAAAAGAAGACUUUUAUUCUAAUUUGCUGUGGAGAACUUUUUUUGGUCUUACAUUUUCAGAGUUAAAUUUUUCUUGUGAAUACAGAAAAAGCUGCAGUGUUACUUUGAACAAGAAUCCACUCCAGUGUUCAUUUCGCUGUUCGUUUUUACCGUUUGUUAGCAUGAACUUUCUGUCUGAGGAUUUAAUAUUGGACGUCCUUGCUGCUGUUUAUUUAUUAUCUUUUAAGAGCGUUUAAGUCAACGGGACAAAUGGCAAAUCAGCCUAAUUAUUCGAACCACUGUGACGGUUAAACAGAUGUUUCAAAUUUAUAAAGAAGAGCCAAAUGGUGCCUAAAGGAUCGUACCAGCCGUAAUGUUUGAGCCCACAAUAAACUGUUAGCGUACAUGUUGCCGAGUCCCAGUUGGUUCAGCUCGGUGUGGAAUUAAAGUCACGUUGUUGUCGUUCUUUCGGCUGAACGGACAGUGUGUAUGUGUGGGGCCGCGGUGAUGUCACAGCCUUUUGUCAGUACUGCAAAUUUGUGAAAUUAAACUUGAAACUGUUCAGAACGGA